AUGUUAAAUCGUAGAAGGCGUCAUCAAACACCUACCUUUCUUGAGGGAACACCCGGACGUUAUCUGAAGAGAGAAACUCCUUUGCCAGUACCGUCCUGCGACGGCUCAUUUCAAGCACUUGCAUCCGCUUCACAAGCAGUUCGUCAGUCGACGCAAAGUUUAGAUCAAAAUCUGGUGAGUCGUAUUGCUGGUGAGAAUGCUGUGACGAGACCUAAGCCUGAACUGUCAUCGCAAAGUUUUAAUGACAGUCGGACGGCACAUGCAUCACUAGCUAAAAAGGGUCUUCUACCCUCACUCAGCAUCGGGAAUGUGGCUCAAUACAGUACAAGAACAAGUGAGUGUGAUAGUGGGUGUCAACGAGUCGUUUCAAUGUCUCUACAGAGUUUGCCAGGCCGGGCAAUAAGUGCGUCGAUAGUGGGUGAAAAUAUAUCUGGUGGAACGGUAGAAGAUGAGGUGCCGUUGCCUCCGAAUUGGGCAGUUGAAGUUACUGCUGACGGAAUCAGAUAUUAUGUUGAUCACAAUACCCGACGCACUCAUUGGAUACAUCCGUUGGUUAACGAGAAUUUGCCACCUGGAUGGAUUAAACAGUUUGACACUGCGAACGGAGUCGUUUAUUAUAAUGAGAUAGAAGGUCGUUCACAGCUGGAUCAUCCCGGUUUAGCCACACCAGUCGUUGUUCAUUCAAACGAGCCCGCCGUUUCACGUCUUUCUCAACAGCAGCACGCUGAGAGUACCAUCGAGAACCUGAACAUUAUCAAUGAGGACAUUCCCAAAUGGUUGCAUUUGUAUUCAAGAGCUCCGAUGGAACUGGAUUAUCUUCUUGAGUGGCCGAUGUUCCGUUUGGAACAAUUGCAAAAAUACGACCGCCAAUUCAUGAAAUUAUAUAAACAAGAAGUGAUCGAUGUAGUUAUUAAAUACGAACGAUUCCGACGAGAAAUCUCAAAGGAAAUCGCAAGAAGACAACGCAAUUUCUGA